AUGCGCUAUAUCCGGUUCCUCAAAACGCCCCGCAUUGUUGCAGAAAAGGGCACAGGAAAGAGCCAGAUCUACGGUCUGAUCACCAUCACGUCUGAUCUUGGCGAUUCAUUCUUUCCCCACGACGUCGAACUCGUUGCCGAACUCAUCAACGCAGACAGUGAUGAGAUCCUAGUAUGGCGGACUCUGGCGUGGGCGGCUGGGAUGCGGACCCUGGCCAUGACCCUACCGUUGAAGAAGUCCUACGCUUCGAGUCCUUUGCGAGUGCGAAUAGGCACAGAGCACAAGGCGCAAUAUGAUAUAUUUGAAAACCUGUGCCAGGCAGACUCGCACGGCAUCGUGUCAGCGUGGAGCGCCGGAUUCAACUCCGGGGGUGUCAGGGAAGCAGUCAAGCUCGUGCAGAGGCGGUUCAGAGUAGCGCACAGAGUGAUCAGUGUCUGGGAAGAGACGGGCGAGAGCAUUGCGCGACACUUGUGGGACGCUGGAAUAACGCUGUCCUGCCAGAUGGUCGAGCUCCAGUCCAUAGAGACUGCGCUCUGCAAAGCCCUGAACCUCACGUCCCGUGAUCCUACCACGUCCACCCUAGGCGUGCUGGAGCUGGGCACAGGCUGCGGCAUGGUCGGCAUGACACUCGCAUCUGUGCUCCCAAACUGCGACGUGCACCUCUCUGAUCUGCCCGAGGCGCGCGAGAUCGUCGAGACGAACAUCGCCGACUGCGCUCUGCAAGCAAGCAACGGAUCGAACCUGUCGUUCUUCCAACUCGACUGGGACGACGAACUACCUGAUUGGCUUACACGCGAGCACGCCAAGUUCGAUCUGGUGCUGGCGGCGGAUUGCACGUAUAAUUCAGACAGCAGCCCUGCACUUGUCAGUACUUUGCGUCGACUGGCAGACUUGAACAAGGAUGUUGUUGUUGGGAUAGCGAUGAAGAUGAGACAUGACAGUGAACGCGUGUUCUUUGGUCUUAUGAAGGAAGCUGGCUUCGCGGAGACGGCCCUGUUCGAGUAUCCGCUUCCUGGGGAUGUGGACAUGGGGGAAGACAGUGUGUAUCUGCACGUCUACCGGCAUGGGUCUUAA